AGGCUUCAUCACCAUUAUUUGAAGAUGAAGAUAGUCCUUAUGGUAGCUGAGAAGCCCUCUUUGGCUCAAUCCAUCGCCAAAAUCCUUUCAAGAGGAAACAUGUCGUCACGCAAAGGGUUAAAUGGGGCGUGCUCUGUCUAUGAAUUCACCGGUCCUUUCAUUGGACAAACUGUCCACUUCAAGAUGACGUCAGUAUGUGGCCAUGUGAUGACGCUGGAUUUUAUAGGGAAAUACAACAACUGGGAUAAAGUUGACCCAGCCGAGCUUUUUAGCAAAGCUCCGACAGAAAAGAAAGAAGCCAACCCCAAACUUAACAUGGUGAAAUUCUUACAGGUGGAAGGGAGAGCCUGUGAUUACGUUGUCCUGUGGCUGGAUUGCGACAAGGAAGGUGAAAAUAUAUGCUUUGAGGUCCUGGAUGCAGCCCUCCCGGUGAUGAAUAAACCUCGUGGGGGUGAGAAGACGGUCUACCGAGCCAAAUUCAGCUCCAUCACGGACACGGAUAUUUGCAACGCCAUGAACCAGCUGGGCGAACCCAACCACAACGAAGCUCUCUCGGUUGACGCACGUCAAGAGCUAGACUUGAGGAUCGGCUGUGCAUUUACCAGGUUUCAGACGAAAUAUUUCCAGGGUAAAUAUGGCAAUUUAGACAGUUCUUUGAUCUCCUUUGGGCCUUGCCAGACGCCCACGCUGGGAUUUUGUGUGGAGCGCCAUGAUAAAAUCCAGUCGUUUAAACCUGAAACCUACUGGGUGUUGCAAGUCAAGGUGGUUCCCGACAAAGACAGUUGUUUGACCCUGGAGUGGGACAGAGUGAGGAUCUUUGACCGAGAAAUUGCUCAGAUGUUUUUGAAUCUAACCAAAAUGGCCAAGGAAGCGAAGGUAGAGUCUGUGAGUAAAAAGGAGAAAGUGAAACAACGGCCUCUCGCUCUGAAUACGGUGGAAAUGUUGCGGGUCGCCAGCUCUGCGUUGGGAAUGGGACCGCAGCACACUAUGCAGAUAGCCGAGCGGCUUUACACCCAGGGUUACAUUAGUUACCCUCGAACAGAAACGACGCAUUAUCCCGAAAAUUUCGACUUGAAAGGCCCUUUGCGACAGCAAGCUAAUAAUUCUUACUGGGCUGAAUCUGUCAAAGCAUUAUUAGUGGAAGGCAUCAACAGGCCACGGAAGGGCCACGAUGCCGGAGAUCAUCCCCCCAUCACACCAAUGAGAGCUGCCUCUGAAGCAGAAUUAGGGGGCGAUGGAUGGAGGCUGUACGAAUACAUCACAAGGCAUUUCAUCGCCACGAUCAGCGCUGACUGCAAAUACCUUCAAACUACUAUUGUGUGCAGUGUUGCCUCGGAACGUUUCACCUGCAUAGGAAAGACGGUUCUUUCGCCAGGGUUUACUGAGAUAAUGCCUUGGCAAGCUAUCCCGUUGGAGGAGAGCCUGCCCAGCUGUGAGCGUGGAGACCUCUUCCGUGUGAAUGAAGUGAAGCUGCUGGAGAAGCAGACCAGCCCACCCGAUUACCUGACUGAAGCCGAGCUCAUCACGUUGAUGGAAAAACAUGGGAUAGGUAGGGAACCUUCCUUUCCGGCGCACGUUUAGCACACGGUGGUGCAAAGGAAGUCCUCAUCUUUCUCCAGAGGAGGGCCAUCUCGUGUUUCUUCCAAGGUUUACGAAGUGUCAGGAGCUGGUGAUGGUAAGGUUGACUUGACCGGACAGGUCCGAUUAAAUGGAAGAGCAUUGCUUCUCCAUUAAUUCAUGAAUCGUGGUCAUUCAUCCGUGGUCUGGCCAAUUUCUGGUAUGGAUGAGUUAAUGGAAGUGUCUUUUUCACCGCUGGCUGCCACAGGGAAGCCUCUCUCCCGAUGCGGCAAAUGUCAUCGUUUUAUGAAAUACAUCCAGGCCAAGCCGAGCCGUCUUCACUGCUCGCACUGCGACGAGACCUACAGCCUCCCCCAAAACGGGACAAUCAAACUCUACAAAGAGUUGCGAUGCCCCCUGGAUGAUUUUGAGCUGGUGCUGUGGUCCUCUGGUUCCAGGGGGAAGAGUUACCCACUCUGCCCUUAUUGUUACAAUAACCCUCCUUUUAGGGAUAUGAAGAAAGGAAUGGGCUGCAACGAAUGCACCCACCCCAGCUGCCAGCACUCGCUCAACCUGCUCGGCAUCGGCCAGUGUGUGGAGUGCGAAAGCGGGGUGCUGGUGCUGGACCCCAUCUCCGGGCCCAAGUGGAAAAUGGCCUGCAACAAAUGCAACGUGGUCGUGCAUUUCUUCGAAAACGCCCACAAGGUGCGCGUGUCGGCCGAGACCUGCGAGGCCUGCGACGCCGCGCUGGUGGACGUGGAUUUCAACAAGGCCAAGUCGCCCCUGCCCGGCGGGGAGACCCAGCACGCCGGCUGCGUCUUCUGCGACCCGGUUUUCCAGGACCUGGUGGAGCUGAAGCACGCGGCCAUGAAGCACCCCAUGCACCGGGGCGGGCAGGGGAAAAGGCAGGGCCGAGGGCGAGGGAAGGGCCGGCGGCUCGGGGGGAGGCAGCCCCCCAAGAAGCCGAAAGACAAGAUGGCGGCCCUGGCGGCUUAUUUUGUAUGA